AUGUUUAAGAAAAUAUUAUUACUUUUAUGCGUUAUUUUCUGUGAUACUAAGACUGUGUUUGAAAAUACCAAGUACGUGGAUAUCAGAGAAUAUCCUUACCACGUGUCCAUCGAGAAACACGGGAUUCAUGCGUGCAGCGGUGCACUGGUGCACGAAUCGUGGAUCGUAACCGUUGCGUCCUGCGUUUUUCGGACAGACCCGUCCACGGUGACCGUGCGAGUGCGUACAUCCACCCUUUCCACCGGCGGAGAUGAAUUGAAAGUGAGCAACGUUGUUGUACACGAAAAUUUUAAUGAAUACGUGUUACUCAAUGACAUCGCCCUAAUAAAGCUGAAAAUUCCUGUGCAAUUCGGAGAGAAAUUGCUGCCAAUCGGGGUACCAGAAAACGAGGACUACGAACUCGAUUAUGGAACGAUGUGUUUCGUGACAGGCUGGAAGCAGACGCUGCCCGGUCCAGCGGAAUCUCGACUUUCAGUGACGACAGUGCCUUUAGUGAAUCGGAGUAGCUGCAUUUCGAAAAUGCCCCCCUACCAACCUGUGCUUCAGAGUAUGCUUUGCGCGGGCAACAUGACCCAGGGGGUGGAGACCUGUCAGGGUGAUCCCGGUGCUCCGCUGAUGGAAGGCCAGACGCUGAUUGGUGUUCUAUCCUAUGGAUUAGGGUGUAAAACUAUGAUACAUCCAGCCGUGUAUACUCGUGUCAGCAGUUACCUAAGGUGGAUCUCGACGAACACCGACGUCCACUAUACACGAGUAACAAGAAAAUUUUCAACCAAGAAAACUUUACCGCACUAA